AUGGGAAAAAAAAAAUAUAAUUGGAAAGCAAGAAAUAAUAUAGAAGUUAUAAUUGAUAAUUCUGUGACUAAAAAGAUUCCCAUAGAUAUUAUACAUCGUGAAGAUAAUUUUGAUAGUUGUAAUGCAUUAGUUCUCCCAAAUGAAAAGAGGAAGACUAAAAAGAAAAUUAAAAAUACUGUUAUUACUCGAUUAUUAUCUAAAAAACGUAGAAAACAAUUAGAAAAAGUUAUAGAAAAGAAGAAAAAGAAAUUACAAAGAACAGAACUUCUAAAAGAAUUAGUAGAAGUACAAGCAUCACCAGAAGAACUAAAACAAUAUGUAUCUUUGACAAGUGUACAAACUAAAGGAUUAAAACGUCAUUUUAGAGAAGCAGAAUUAUCUGUUAAAGAAUAUAAAAUUGAUUCGAAUAUUAAAAAUAAAAAUGAUACAAUAGAAAUGCCUAUAAAUGCUAUUAGAGCUAGCAAGAAAAAAAGAUUAGCUAUUUUAGAAAAAGAAGUAAUUGAAAAAACAAUUUCAGAUCUAAAUGUUAUUGGAUUUGAUGAAUCUAGUAAUAGCGAAUUAGAAUCAGAUACAAAAAAUAAUGAAGAUGAGCAAAAAGAAGAUGCAACAAAUAUUGUGUCUUUAGAAAAAAAUAAAAUAAAGGAAAAAAAUGAGCAUAUUUCAAAUAAAAAAAAUGAUCUCAUAGACGGAAAUGUAACAAAAAAUACUAUAGAAGAAGAAAAAAAAUCAAUAGUCACUUUAACUAAAAAAUCCUUAAAGCCACAACAACUGAUAGAAAAAAAGUCUGCUCUGUUUGUAAUGCUGCAAAGGAAACCAGAAAUUCAAGCAGCUAGAUUAAAAUUACCAAUAGUAGCAGAAGAACAAAUUAUAAUGGAAGUAAUUAAUGAAAAUCCUGUUGUAAUAAUCACAGGUGAAACAGGCAGUGGUAAAACUACGCAAGUUCCACAAUUUCUCUAUGAAGCUGGCUAUGCUCAAGAAAAGUUAAUUGGAAUUACAGAACCAAGAAGAGUAGCAGCUAUAUCUAUGAGUAAACGUGUUGCUCAAGAAAUGAAUCUUAGUGAAAAAGAAGUUUCUUACUUGAUUCGUUUUGAAGGAAAUGUUACACCUGAAACAAAAAUCAAGUUUAUGACUGAUGGUGUAUUAUUAAAGGAAAUACAAAAUGAUUUUUUACUGACGAAAUAUUCGAUAAUUAUUCUAGAUGAAGCACAUGAACGUAGUGUAUAUACUGAUAUUUUGAUAGGAUUGUUAUCACGAAUUGUACCACUACGGAAUAAAAGAAAAAAUUCUUUGAAACUUGUAAUUAUGUCAGCUACAUUACGUGUAGAAGAAUUUGUAGAAAAUAACAAAUUAUUUAAAAUGAAACCACCCGUAUUAACAGUGGAAUCAAGACAAUUUCCUGUUACAAUACAUUUUAAUAAAACGACAAGCAUUAAUUAUAUUUCUGAUGCUUUAAAAAAAGCUAUAAAAAUACAUACUCGACUUCCUGAUGGUGGAAUUUUAAUAUUUUUGACGGGACAACGAGAGGUAAAUUUCGUAGUACGAAAAUUGCGUCAAGCUUUUUCUACAAGAAAUAAGAAAGAAAUUACAAAAAAGAUAGAAAAAUCAGAAAAUAAAGAUUUUUCAAAAAAGAAAGAAGAUAUUCAAGACAAAAAUGAUAAUAAUAAAAACGAUAAUAUUGAUAGUGAUAAUGAUUUUUGUUACAAAAAAGCUAUUCGUUAUAACAAAUUACGUCAAAAAAAACACAUUCAACUACCAAACAUUAAUCUGGAUGAUUAUUCUGUAAUUCCUAUUGAUGAUACAUACGAAGAUUUAAUUGCUGCAGAAGAUGAUGAAGAAGAACAAUUAGACGAAAGUGAAGAUGAAGAUAUGAUUAAUCCAAAGAUUUGCAUAAAUGCACAACCAUUAUGGGUUUUACCAUUGUAUUCUUUGCUUCCAAGUCAUAAACAAGCAAGAGUAUUUGAGCCACCUCCAGAAGGUCAUCGUUUAUGUGUGGUAUCCACAAAUGUAGCAGAAACUUCCUUAACUAUACCUAAUAUAAAAUAUGUAAUAGAUUGUGGACGUUGUAAAAUAAAGAUGUAUGAUAAAGUAACUGGUGUUAAUACAUAUAAAGUCUACUAUACCAGUAAGGCAUCUGCUAAUCAACGGGCAGGAAGAGCUGGUAGAACUGGUCCUGGACAUUGUUAUAGGUUAUAUUCUUCAGCAAUGUUUAAUGAUCAUUUUGAACAGUUUAGCCAAUCAGAGAUUCAAAGAAAACCUGUAGAUGAUUUAAUUUUACAAAUGAAAAUCAUGAAUAUUGAUAAGGUUGUGAAUUUUCCUUUUCCAACGCCACCAGAUGCUACACAAUUAAAAAUGGCUGAAAAAAGACUAAUAAUACUUGGAAUUUUAGAACAGCCAGCUAUUGAAAAAAAAGAUUUAUAUAGUGCUAAAGUAACAUCACUUGGUCGCAGUAUAGCUGCAUUUCCUGUUGCUCCUCGUUACGGAAAGAUGUUAGCUUUGUCCCAUCAACAUAAUCUUCUUCAAUACACAGUGUGUAUGGUGGCUGCGCUUUCUGUUCAAGAGAUAUUUAUGGAAACAUUUGAUAUAGAUGUUGAUUCUCGGAAUAAAUGGUUACAAAUAAAACGUUUUUGGGCUGGUACCGGCAAUAGUUUACUUCUUGGUGAUCUGAUGGUUUUAAUCAGAGCUGUAGGAAGUGCAGAAUAUGCAGGAACUAAAGGAAAAUUAUUUUCUUUUUGUGAAGAGCAUGGUUUACGACAUAAGGCGAUUGUGGAAAUUCGAAAACUCCGACAGCAACUAACAAAUGAAAUUAAUUUGAAUAUUCAAGAUUUAAAUCUCAUCAUUGAUCCACAGAUGAAACCUCCAGUUGAUAUGGAAGCCAAACUUCUCAGGCAAAUAGUUCUCGCAGGAAUGGCUGAUCAAGUGGCAAAAAAAGUGAUGCCAGAUGAGAUUAAUGAAGAUCAAGAUAAAACUAAAUGGAAAUAUGCCUAUAAAACUGUAGAUAUGGAAGACCCAGUAUUUCUACAUUCCUCAUGUGUUCUUCGAAAAAUAUGUCCUGAGUGGGUAGUUUAUCAAGAAAUAUAUGAAACAAAUAAAAUGUAUAUGCGUGGUGUCACAGCUAUAGAAUCAGAAUGGCUUCCUAAAUUUGCUCCUUCUCUAUGUCAGCUUGGAGAUCCUUUGACUAAUCCACCACCAAGGUAUGAUCCAGAAACUGGAAAAAUAAUGUGUAGUAUAACAGGAACAUUCGGAAGAGCAGGUUGGAAAUUACCAAUAAUGAAUAUGGAAUAUCCAUUAUCCAUAGAUGGGGUUAAAUGGUUUGCAUGCUUUUUUUUAGAAGGAAAAGUAUUUCCAAAAUUAAAACAAUUCGUUUCUUCAUUAUUAUCAACUCCUCAAAGCAUUACCAAAGCAUGGGCUAAAUUAAUUCCGCGAACACAAGAAAUGACACAACUAUUAUUAUCUCAUGGAAUUAUGUCAAAAGUACAAUUAUUAGAAACUUGGAAGGCAGAUAGAAAUUUUCUUUUAUCAGCUUAUCAAAAAUGGUUGCCAGAAUCAAUGCAUGGACAUAUCAUGAUCAUUUGGCCACCUAUAUGAUAAAUUUUAUGCUAAAUUAUAUAUCCACAAUUGUAUAUUGUAUAAAUACUUGAAUUUUAUAAUAUAUAAAUAUUUAAUAUUUA